AUGCCGAAAUAUUAUUGUGACUAUUGUGAUACGUUCUUGACACAUGACUCACCGUCUGUGAGAAAAACUCAUAAUGGAGGACGUAAACAUAAGGAGAAUGUACGUAUGUUCUAUCAGAAAUGGAUGGAAGAACAAGCGCAGAAGUUGGUCGACGCAACCACAAAAGCAUUCACUCAAGGACGUAUGGCUGCGCCUCCUACAGGCCCGAUUCCGGUUCCGCCGAGAAUUCCUGUGACUAUGCCAGGCCCGCGAGGACCACCGAUACUGCCACCAGUAGGCGCUCCACCAGUGCGAGGACCGAUGCCGUUCCCGUGUCCACCGAUGGGUGGCCCGAUGGGACCGCCGGGAAUGAUGUUGCGACCACCGUUCAUGAUUCCACCUGCACCUCGCAUGGGAAUGAGAUGA